AUGCGUUGCUUGGCAGCUCGGGUCAACUACAAGACUCUGAUCAUCAUCUGCGCCCUCUUCACCCUGGUGACGGUGCUGCUCUGGAACCGAUAGAGCGAGGAGGCAUCGCCCCAGGAGCAGCAGAAGGCUCCCCCCGUCGCGGGAGGCUUCAACAGCAACAAAGCCCCGGGGCUGAAGUACGAGGAGAUUGACUGUCUGAUCAAUGACGAGCACACCGUUAAAGGGAGGAGGGAAGGCAACGAGGUCUUCCUGCCGUUCAGCUGGGUAGAGAAAUACUUUGAGGUUUAUGGGAAAAUUGCUCAGUACGAUGGUUAUGACAGGUUUGAAUUCUCUCAUAGCUACUCCAAAGUAUACACACAGCGAGCACCUUACCACCCCGACGGGGUCUUCAUGUCCUUCGAGGGCUACAACGUAGAGGUUCGAGACAGAGUGAAGUGCAUAAGUGGUGUUGAAGGCGUGCCGUUGUCCACGCAGUGGGGACCUCAAGGCUAUUUCUACCCCAUCCAGAUUGCACAGUACGGGUUAAGUCACUACAGUAAAAACCUGACGGAGAAACCACCUCACAUCGAGGUGUACGAAACGGCCGAAGAGAAGGACAAGCCCGGCAGGCCCGCGGACUGGACGGUGCCGAAAGGCUGUUCUCUGUCCACAGUACCUGACAAAGCCAAGUUCACCAGCGUCAAACAGUUCAUCGCUCCAGAAAAUACCGAGGGGGUAUCUCUGCAGCUUGGGAACACCCGGGAUUUUAUUAUUUCUUUCGAUCUCAAAUUCGUAACGAACGGGAGCGUUUCCGUGGUUCUCGAGACGACGGAGAAGAACCAGCUCUUCACUGUGCACUACGUCUCCAACACCCAGCUCAUCGCUUUUAAGGACCGAGACAUCUACUACGGCAUCGGUCCCAGGACUAGCUGGAGCACCCUCACCAGGGACCUGGUGACCGACCUGCGGAAGGGCGUCGGCCUCUCGAACACGAAAGCCGUGAAGCAGACCAAAAUCAUGCCCAAGAGAGUGGUGAAGCUGGUAGCGAAGGGUAGAGGCUUCCUCGAUAACGUCACCAUCUCGGCCACCGCUCACAUGGCUGCUUUUUUUGCUGCCAGCAGCUGGCUGGUGAGGAACCAGGACGAGAGGGGUGGCUGGCCCAUCAUGGUGACGAGGAAGCUGGGGGAAGGAUUUAAGUCCUUGGACCCGGGCUGGUACUCGGCCAUGGCGCAAGGACAAGCCAUCUCGACGCUGGUGCGGGCGUACCUGCUGACGAAGGACCACACGUUCCUCAGCUCGGCUCUGCGAGCGACGGCGCCGUACAAGCUGCCGUCGGAGCAGCGCGGGGUGAAAACCGUCUUCAUGAACCGGCACGACUGGUACGAGGAGUACCCGACCUCACCCAGCUCCUUCGUGCUCAACGGCUUCAUGUACUCCUUAAUCGGGCUGUAUGACUUAAAAGAAACGGCUGGGGAGAAGCUGGGGAAGGAAGCACGGGUCCUCUACGAGCGGGGCAUGGAGUCCCUGAAGGCCAUGCUUCCCCUCUACGACACCGGCUCAGGGACCAUCUACGACCUUCGGCACUUCAUGCUGGGCACCGCUCCCAACCUGGCCCGAUGGGACUAUCACACCACCCACAUCAACCAGCUCCAGCUCCUCAGCACCAUAGACGAGUCCCCCAUCUUCAAAGAGUUCGUCAAGAGGUGGAAGAGCUACCUGCGAGGCGGCCGGGCAAAGCACAACUAGAGCUUACAA